AUGAAGAAAAAUAUUAUCAAUACACAGCAUUCUUUCAUAAACAUUCCCAAUGUGAUUUUCCCAGAUAUGGAAAAGAAAAUAAGAAGGAUGGAAAAUGGAGCAUGCAGCUCCUUUUCUGACGACGAUGACAGUGCCUCUAUAUUUGAAGACUCUGAGAGUGAAAACCCCUGUGCAAGGGAUUCCUUCAGAAAUAGUUCACGCAGGAAGGGAGGACCAUCACAGAGGGAACAGCACCUGCCUGGUGUCAUCGCACUUUUCAAUGUUAACAACAGCAGCAAUAAGGAGCAAGAGCCAAAAGAAAAAAAGAAAAAGAAAAAAGAAAAGAAGAGCAAGCCAGAUGAUGAAAGUGAAAAUAAAAAGGACCCAGAGAAGAAAAAGAAAAAAGACAAAGACAAAGAGAAGAAAAAGAAAGCGGAAAAGAAAGACAAAGAUAAAAAAGAAGAGAAGAAGAAAGAAGUCAUGGUGAUUGAUCCCUCAGGAAACACAUACUACAAUUGGCUGUUCUGCAUCACCUUACCUGUCAUGUACAACUGGACUCUGGUUAUUGCAAGAGCUUGCUUUGAUGAACUCCAGUCUGAUUACCUAGCGUAUUGGCUCGUUUUUGAUUACUUGUCAGAUGUAGUCUAUCUUCUCGAUAUGUUUGUACGAACCAGGACAGGUUACCUAGAACAAGGACUGCUGGUGAAGGAAGAGCUUAAACUCAUAGAGAAAUAUAAAUCAAACUUACAAUUUAAACUUGAUGUUCUAUCAGUGGUACCAACCGAUCUGCUAUAUUUUAAGUUGGGGUGGAACUACCCGGAAAUUAGAUUAAACAGACUCUUAAGGAUCUCUCGAAUGUUUGAGUUCUUCCAAAGAACCGAAACAAGAACUAACUACCCCAACAUCUUCAGGAUCUCUAACCUUGUUAUGUACAUUGUCAUCAUUAUCCACUGGAACGCGUGUGUGUACUACUCCAUUUCCAAAGCGAUUGGAUUUGGAAAUGAUACGUGGGUCUAUCCUGAUGCCAAUGAUCCUGAAUUUGGCCGUUUGGCUAGGAAGUAUGUCUAUAGCCUUUACUGGUCUACGCUGACUUUGACCACCAUUGGUGAAACACCGCCUCCUGUGAGGGAUUCUGAGUAUGUCUUCGUGGUGGUUGAUUUCUUAAUUGGAGUGUUAAUUUUUGCUACCAUCGUUGGUAACAUAGGGUCUAUGAUUUCCAACAUGAAUGCAGCCAGAGCAGAAUUUCAAGCAAGAAUUGAUGCCAUCAAGCAAUAUAUGCAUUUUCGAAAUGUAAGCAAAGAUAUGGAAAAGAGAGUCAUUAAAUGGUUCGACUAUCUGUGGACCAACAAAAAAACGGUGGAUGAGAGGGAAGUUUUGAAGUAUCUACCAGACAAACUAAGAGCGGAGAUUGCCAUCAGCGUCCACUUAGACACGUUAAAAAAGGUGCGCAUUUUUGCCGACUGUGAGGCUGGUCUGUUGGUAGAGCUGGUCUUGAAAUUACAACCCCAAGUCUACAGCCCUGGAGAUUACAUUUGCAAGAAAGGCGACAUCGGACGGGAGAUGUACAUCAUCAAGGAAGGCAAGCUCGCGGUGGUGGCAGAUGACGGAAUCACUCAGUUUGUGGUGUUGAGUGACGGCAGCUACUUUGGCGAGAUCAGCAUCCUUAACAUCAAAGGCAGCAAAGCUGGCAACCGAAGGACGGCCAAUAUUAAAAGCAUUGGCUACUCAGAUCUGUUCUGUCUCUCAAAAGACGACCUCAUGGAAGCCCUGACUGAGUACCCAGAUGCUAAAGGUAUGCUAGAAGAGAAGGGGAGGCAAAUCUUGAUGAAAGAUGGUCUGCUGGAUGUCAACAUCGCGAAUGCUGGACACGACCCCAAAGAUCUUGAAGAGAAGGUCACCCGGAUGGAAGGGUCAGUAGACCUCAUGCAAACAAGGUUUGCUCGGAUCCUGGCCGAGUAUGAGUCCAUGCAGCAGAAACUGAAGCAGAGGCUAACCAAGGUGGAGAAAUUUCUGAAACCACUUAUCGAAACAGAGUUUUCAGCCAUUGAAGGACCUGGUGCUGAAACUGGGCCCACAGACUCCACACAGGACUGA